AUGGUCCACCACUGGCAUUUGAAGCCGGCGUCGACCCAAUUUUCCCAGUAUGGCGCGUGGACAAGGUACUUUACCUUGCGAUUCCCCCGUACCUUGAUCAAGCCACAAGAGCCGCUCCGCCCGUCUGUCCCCGGACAGCAUAUCCUUGACGCGGUGCCGGGCGGGCGUGGAAAUGAAGAGCGAGCGGCCGCCGGUCAAGCGCUGGCUGGGCGGCCCCCGACUAGUGUCGACUGGGACGGAGGGAUUGUGUACUCGCGUACGAAGUCCGGCACGAAGUACCCCGACUUCCUCAUCAGUUCGUACUACGGCCUCAAAGAGCCAGGGGGUCAGGAGCUGGAGCGGGAGGUGCCACGCCUCGUUGUUGAAGUCGGGUCGCUGCGUCCCGACGAGGUGAUUCCCACAAUCGACGACCGGAUCGCUAUAUUGAAACAGCUGCAAUCGUACAUGGCGCGAGUCGUCGCUCAUGUGGACCUCAGGAAGCAUGAGCUGCCGUGGGGGCUAGCGAUCAUCGGGACUUACGCAGCGUGGUUGCGCCCUAGCCGCCGCAACACCCAAUGCGCAUGGGAGUACAUUGGCGGCUUUCACUCCGGUCGCGGAUACUGGACGAGCAUCUACGGGCUCGAAUUCCGAAAGUAUAUCGAUGAGCGGGCGGACAAGUGCCGUCUCGACUCCAUUGCCUACGCCCAACCGCUUCAGCAGUUGUACCACCGCUUCAGCGUGCAACCGAUGCCAGGUCAUGAGGGUAUGCAGAAAGUCCACCAAGAUUUCCAUCUGUCCGGCGUCCGGUGUCCGACAGCGGGCGUCCGGCGGCGGGCGUCCGGUGGCGGGUGUCCGUCGCAACUCGGCUUCUCCGUCCUUCCUACCCUCUACACGAUGACCUUCCCAACCGCCCAAGAAUUUGAGGCCGUGUUUCAUGACAAUGCGGUCGCUGCGGCGCAAGCAGCGGCUCGGUCAACCGGGGCCCACGGGAGCACUACCGCAGAGGAUCGCGUGCUCCUCAAAUCAAUGUGUAUGGCAGCGAUGAUCACAGGGUUCCAGCGGCUGUCCAAUGGAGACACGCUGAUGGUGUUAGGCAUUACGGACGCCAUGGCCCGGUUUUGGGAGGUCCUCGAUGCCCCGGAACAAUCUGGGGCUGCAGCACUAGAGCGCUUGAAGGACGCGGUGGUCCUGAAGGAUGUAUCGAUGGAGCCAGAGGGAAGUCAAGGCACACGGGGAGUGCCUCCGAUGACCCGGAAGCAUGGAUUGGAUGAUGAAGGGAACGUGCUCAUCCCGCCUGACAACGUUUCCCUUUCUGCAUUUCGCAUGGAAAUGAGGGACGCGUUCGACGCCGAGGCCACUCGAGUGGAGGCCGUCGAGGCCUUGCUCGAUGCGGAGAUCACCAGGGAGGACGAAAGGCGUAUGUCACUCGAACGCAGGCACAUCGGAGAGCAACAGGACGGAAUCGCACAUUACAUCAAUAAGCUGAACCUACGCCUACUGCCGCCCAUGGUCAUGCCAAUUCCGGCCAGUCCACCCGGGCAGUACAGACAACUUGCAAAUGGCGAGCUCACGAAGGUGUUGGAUCCGGCGGAAAAGGUCCAGUAUUUAGACGACAUCAUCGAUGCCCUGAUGACGCAAUACGGGAUCAUGGAGGACUAUAUUUCGGCCGAAAUAGGCUUCUGGGAAUCAGUUUUGGAGGGCAGUGAGCGGGAACAGAGUGACUGGUAUGCGCGGGUUGCCCCGCACCCGGUGAUGGAGGAUUCAGACUAUUUUGCCCGCGGAUUUACCGAGUUUCGUGGGUUAGAAGACAUGCAGGAGGAGUAA